AUGGUUGCCGGAAAGCGCAAAGCCAAGAACAAUUCCGAUGACAAAAACCAGAACAACAAUCUCUUUGAAUUAAUCUCCGAUGUCACAACCACCGCACAAUCUUUCCUCUCACAAAACGACCUCACUCUUCUCCCUUCCCAAUCUCUCCUCCUCGAUUCCCUAAUCUCAUCAACUUCUCACUCUCUCUCUACCCUCCUCAAACCCUCACACCCACUUUCUCUCUCCUCACCCCAACCACAAACCUCCUGGUUCCGCCGUUUCAUUUCCUCCACCUCCAUCUCCGAUUCACGAUGGCUCGACGCUUUCCGCAUGUCGAAUCCCUCCUUCUUCCACCUCCUCGAUCUCCUCUCCCCUUCCAUUGCCUCUUCGUUUCCCCAAAUUUCCCCUGACUGUACCCUAGCCGCCGCCAUUUUCAGAUUAGCUCACGGCGCGGGCUACACUUCCGUUGCUCGCCGGUUUGGAAUUUCUCCGGCUGACGCUUGCCGUGCGUUUUUCACUGUCUGCAAAGCUGUUAACGAUAAUUUGGGGAAUUUGUUCGAGCUUCGCAGUGAUUCGAAUAGGAUUGUAGCGGGUUUUGGUUUUAACUCACUUCCCAAUUGUUUUGGUGUUCUGGGUUUGGCUGGUUUUGGAAUUGAAGAUGAAAUACCGGGUAAAAAAUUGUUUUUGAUGGUUCAAGCUUUGGUUGAUGCUGAAGGGAGAUUCUUAGAUGUUUCUUCUGGGUGGCCAAGUUCAAUGAAACCCGAAACAAUUUUGCAAGAGAGUAAGCUUUAUCAUGAUAUUGAGGAAUCAAGAGACUUGUUGCAAGGAUCAUCUUAUAAGCUAAGUGAUGGAAGUUUGAUUCCUCAGUAUAUUUUGGGAGAUUCAUGUUUUCCACUUUUAUCUUGGCUUUUAACACCUUAUAAUAGGGUGAAUGAAGAAGAUAGUUUCAGUUCAGCUGAAAAUGCAUUCAAUUGUGCUCAUAAUCGUGCAAUGGGGUUAUUUGGUGACGCGAUUGGGAGGCUUCGAACUCGGUGGCAGCUUCUGUCGGAUUCGAGGAAAUGGAAAAGAGACUGUGUUGAGUAUUUGCCGUUUGUUAUUGUUACUAGUUGUUUGUUGCAUAAUUUUCUCAUCAAAUGUAAUGAUCCUUUGCUGAGAGAGAAAAAUGGGAGUUGUGUGGAAAAGGAAGGGGAUUUUGUUGUUUCUGAGGGAGUGGUAGAUGAGGGUGCCGUGAGGAUAAGGGAUGCACUUGCUUUGCAUUUGAGUAGAGUGAGCAUCAAAAGAUGA